CUGGGAAAGGGACGUUAAGAACCGUGUCAGCCGGUAAGAUCAGCUGUAUGCGAAUUUGAGACGGGAGAACGACCCACAACGAUGAAAUAACAUCAUUUAAUUCACGGCCCGAAAAUGACUCAGUCGUGAUGCCUUAAGUAGACGCAUUGGCCGUGGAAAUCGUCUCAUAUCCGUUUUUGCACACAGAUCUAAGUUGACGAGUGUCGAGUGCAAUAUUCUGAACUCGAAAAAUGUAGAAAUUGUAGUCAUGCUAUUGUGUUGCAAAGGGAGUUGUGUGCAAAAUAUUCCACAACGUUCGGCCAUAUUCUGAGAAGAACCGACAUUUCAGAGAAAAGAAAUGGGUCGCUAUUCUGGUAAAACAUGUCGCUUGUUGACCAUGUUGGGUCUGACUGGAGCAUUCUUUCUGGUGGAGAUCAUCGUGGGCUACAUCACCAACUCCGUCGCCCUCGUGGCAGAUUCCUUUCACAUGUUGUCUGAUGUGGUGGCACUAAUAGUGGGAUUCUCCUGUGUCAGGAUUGCACGCUGGCCAAGUGAGAAGAAUACCUUUGGCUGGAUCCGCGCAGAAGUCCUUGGGGCCCUAGUCAACUCUGUUUUUCUCCUGGCGCUGUGUUUCUCCAUCCUGGUUGAGUCCCUCAAACGACUGGUCCAGGUUGAGGAGAUCGAUGACCCCAAGCUGAUGCUGAUUGUCGGGGUCUGUGGUCUCGUAGUAAACCUCAUUGGUCUGGCGUUGUUCCAUCAGCAUGGCCACUCCCAUGGAGGGGUCAGUCACAGUCACGGAGGGGGCAGUCACAGUCACAACAGUGAUGAGGAACCAAGCACUGAGAAGGAGAAGCUUGUUGCCAAGCAGAACAUCAUCAAUGGCCUCAGUACCCAGGACGGGGAGGGUGAUAUGGAUGUGCAGAUAGAGAUCGAGAGCAGCAAACCCAAAGUUGUUUCCCAGUCCCAGCUGAACAUGAGAGGGGUGUUCCUCCAUGUGCUGGGCGACGCCCUUGGGUCCGUCAUUGUCAUCAUCAGCGCCCUCGUCAUCUGGUUUGUGGAGGGAGAAUGGAAGUAUUAUGUGGAUCCAGUUAUGAGUAUCCUGCUAGUAAUCAUCAUCAUCAGUACCACAAUUCCACUUUUGAAGGAUUCAUCAUACAUUCUUCUUCAAGCUGUACCAAAACACAUACGUACAAAAGCCAUCUUAAGAAAAAUUGAGAAGCUUCCAGGAAUUGUGGCAAUCCACGAGUUCCAUAUCUGGCAGCUGGCCGGGAAUCGCAUCGUGGCAACAGCUCACCUCAGCUGCCACAAUGUGGAGGGCUACAUGCUUCUCGCCACCCAGGUGAAGGAAAUCUUCCAUGAUGAAGGAAUACAUUCCACAACCAUUCAGCCGGAGUUCAUUGAGGCUGGACAGGGCAUGAACAAACGCAGCUGUGUGAUUGAGUGCCGUCCUGACAAAAACUGUAUAGGGGACACCUGCUGUGGCAAGACAGGCAAGACCUGUGGCAAGAGCUUCAGUCCUAAUGACAAGGAUAGACACACACCCACUCAGAGUCAGAGUGAACCAAUACAAAGUGAAAGUGAACCAAUCGAAGACCAGAGUGAACCCAUCCAGAGCCUUAGUGAACCAAUCAGGAGCCAAAAUCAAGAGGACAAAGAUCUUGCUCUUUAAUUCAUAUGGAGAAGACUCGGGUAGACUUUCAUCAUUCCUUCCAUUGUGAACCAGAGCACUGGAGAGAGGAGGGGUGUUUGCUGGUGAAUUGUUCCAGAUAAGCAGAAUUAUUUUGGGCAUUUUCGCUCACCUGGUCCAAGGGUCUAGGUGAGCUUGUGGCUAUGUCAGCUUCGACUGUUUCGACUUCUCUUCUGAACUAUCUUAAGGAUUAGCCUGAAACUUUACGAGGCUAACUAUCACCAUUACGAGAUUAAGAACGUGGUAAAAUAAUUUAAAAAAUACAUUUUUUAAUCAAUUGAAAAGAAAUUAAGAUGUGAAAAAUCUUCUCAAUACUCUCCUUCACAGACACAAGGUCUCGGAAACUGAAGCGUUGAUUUCAUGUGAAGUGAGUGUCAUUCAGCUUUCUUCAUACCUAGAACAUUAUUGGUUCAUGUUUAAACAUUGAAAAUCUUUGAGAAAAGUCUCCUGAAAACAACAAGGACAAGAGAUAAUUGCGUUCAAAAAUAUAAUUCAGAUCACCCAGACUUAGGUUUAACAGAGAAGGUUGAGCUCACUUGAUUGUUGCUGAUAAGCAACAAUACCUUGUUGCUAUUUUUGUAUGUCAGUGUGUAUCUUCAUUACACAGUUAUUAUCAAACAUUUCAUAGGUUAAAUGGCAAAAGACUUCAUGAAUGAUCAUUUUCAGGAAAUCGUUUGUGAUUUUUGUGCCAAUUGGUGUUAAAUUGUGGCCAUUCAUAUAUUUCUUUUUUUUGUCUGAUAAAUUUUUUGGCAUUUUCACAAAAUGUUAUAUAUAUUCAUCUUUAUGUGUGUAUUAAGCAAACCAUCCUGUCUCAUACUCAAGGGGUUACAUUGCUGUAGAACUGUGCAGAGUUGCAUCCCUAGGGGAGGACAACAUGAUCUAUAAAGUUGCCUCCCUUAGGCAGGACAGCUUUCUGUGUAAGUUGCAUCACUUAGGCAGGACAAUAUUAUCUAUAAAGUUGUAUCACUUAGGCAGGACAAUUUCUGUGCAGAGAUACAUCCCUCAUGCAGCACAACUUGCAAUGCAGAGUUACAUCCCUUAGGCAGCUAAACUUGCAUCCAUUAGUUGUCUGGAUGCCCUGAUUAUGAAUCCAAUAUUCUCCCAAAUUCUUAUCCUUAGCUUGUCAGUAUUAUAGCCUUGUUCAAAGGUUUAUGUCUGUGGCCUGCAUCAGUUAAGCUUUCCUGCUUCAUUAGUUGUGACAUUGAAACUAGGAGUGAAGUGAUACAUCGGUGCACCAGUGCCUUGUGAGUUUUCAUGCGACGCUACGAUACAUGAUAUGUUUUUUCCUGUAUCGAUACAAGACGAUACACUUUGUAAAGUAAAUUAUUCACUAUUCGUUUAACGACCCAGCAGAGUUUUUGUCAGUCAAAUAUUGCAAAAUGUAUUGCAAUUAGCGCAUGUUCAUGACUACAUGCUACUAACAUGUGACCACAUCCACUUUUUCCUUUUGAACCUGCUCUGAAAUAUUUAUAUUCAAGAAGUUUCCAAAUCAUUUGGGGUAAUUAUUUAAUAUCUCGUUACAAAUCGUGUCGUGACUUAUGUAUUUUGAUAAGUAUGACCUUUCUGUAUAGUUUCACCCCUAGUUGAAACCAACUUCUUCACUAUCUUAACUACAACUCAAAGUAGAAUAAUUUUUUAAUUUGAAGUUUACACGAUAUACAGCUUUUCCAUUGGACGAGAGGUCGGUCACAUGACCGCGAAAUUGAUGUUCAUAAGUGUAUGAACGACACAAUUUGACGUUUAUACGUUUUUCAUGAGACUGUGUUCUUAAAAUGACGUAAACACUGGCGGACUACUUCCACAUUCCUGUGGAAACCCCUGGGAAUUCCCUAGCACGAAAACAUACAUAAGCGUUCUUUCUGAUCUUUUAGAACCUUUAAUCAGCGUUUCAGUAUGCAUUGAGAAAAGUCAGAGCUUGACUGCAUGAUUGUUCAUGAAUAUCCUCACUACAGCCCAUCCUAAUGAGCAAACGAAGAAAUACACGUAGUAUCGACUCGAUCCGUGUCUAGGCCGACAGUGACCGUCUCCAGCAAUUUAUGAAUUUACCUUAGUGUCUGUUUGACGCAUCUUUAAUCACCUUUCAAUGAUCGGCCAGUUGAUCAA